GUGAGAACGAAAAGGCGGGAUUAUAGUCGAAAGGACGCUGGCGAACUUUUGCUGUGUUUUUAAUAUUUAAUUUGCAUAUUUUUGAUAAUCAUUGGAAGAUGAGCAACUCUAGACGAUGAGCUACACCGGAUAAAGGAAAAUUGAUUUGAGUCGUUUUACAUAUUUACACAUGCUUCAAGGUAACAUCAUUACAAUUCAAGGUAACAAGGCGAAUCGGGUUUUUCGGACGCAAUUGGAGGAAUAUAAACCUUUUUCGACGAAAUUGAUGAAAUACAGAAUCUCUUGGAUGUUCUGAAGAAAGAAAGGAUGAAUAUAAUGGAUUUCGAGAUAUUUAAAAGUCUGAAGAAUGUUUUUUAAUUGCAAUUUGGAGAGAAAAAAAGGAAAAAUGAUCAGAUACUAUUGAGACAUUUAUGAACUUUGGAAAUCGUUUGAAAGUUUUUGGCAAGUGGAAAACUAAUAAAGACACAUUAGUUUGUUAAAUUGAAGAAAAGAACAAUUUUGAUUAUUUGAAGACCAUCGUAAGACAUAAGCAAGAGAUAUUUCAAUCAUUUUAAUUCUAUAAAAUGAAAUCAAGAGGAUAUCGAAAAAAAUUGGUAUUACUUAGAAAAGGUCAAAGCAGAAGUCACUCGAGAAGAUAUCGAGGGGGAAAAAGAGAGACGUUUGCCGAGAGAACUGUAUCUAUAUCUGUAGCUGGACCUGGAGAAAGAGAGAGAGAGAGAAGGGACCAGCAUGAGAGAGAUCCGUCGUUGUAAUGGACGUGAUGAGCGAGUACGAACGAAUCAAGCGUUCGUGCUUAAAACGUGGUGAACUAUGGGAGGAUCCUGAAUUUCCAGCUACCCAGACUUCAGUAUUCUAUCAUCAAACACCACCAUUUCAGUUUCAGUGGAAAAGACCAAAGGAAUUAUGCAAUCGACCGAUUUUUGUGAGCGAUGCACCAACGCAAUUCGACGUCAUUCCUGGGAAAAUGGGUGACAAAUGGCUGGUCUCGUGCCUAGGAGUUCUUCAUCUUAGUAAAGGUCUUUUUUAUCGCGUGGUACCGGCAGAUCAAGGCUUUGGUAACAGUGGCGAACCAUCGGGAUCACCGACAUCGGAAUACGCUGGUGUUUUCCGCUUUAGACUUUGGUGGUGCGGCGCCUGGGUCGAGGUCCUCGUCGAUGACCGACUUCCUGCCGUUCAUGGACGUCUGGCCUUCGUUCAAAGUCGUCACAGCGAUCAGUUCUGGCCGGCUCUUCUGGAGAAAGCUUACGCAAAAUUGCAUGGGUCUUAUGAAGCACUAAAGUACGGAACUUUACUGGAUGGUUUAUCAGAUUUGACGGGAGGAAUUACUGAAAGUAUAACAAUUCGUCAAGAUCCCACGGCAUGUGGUCGAGCCUUAACGAAACUUCUAGAUAUGACUUCCUUAAUUACCUGCACUGUUAAUAAUAAUCAGCAACAACAGCAAAUUCGUACAAGUACAGAAAAGUUGGCUAACGGAAUACAAAUGGGAAUAAAUUAUAGGCUCUACGCUAUCGAAAGGGUAGAAACUUUUAGUGGCGAGGCUGUGCAGUUAGUAAAAUUGAGAAAUCCUCUUGGACUUGGAGGAGAAUAUGUUGGUGCUUGGGCCCGUGGAGGCCUCGAAUGGGAUGAAGUUCCUCCUGCAGAAAGAGAACGACUGACUGUUCGAAAUAUGGCUGAAGGAGAAUUCUGGAUCUCGUACUCGGAUUUUGUAAAAACGUUCACUCACCUUGAAGUCGUGCAUCUUGACGCAGAAACUUCGAGGGACGAACCUUCAUUGCACAGCAAGCACACUUGGCAGAUGAAAUUGUACCAGGGAAGUUGGAGAAGAGGCGUCACCGCUGGAGGAUGUAGGAAUAAUCAAGAAACAUUUCACAUAAAUCCUCAACUGCAUCUCAUUCUCAGUGAAAUGGAAGAAGUCAUCGUAUCUCUUAAUCAACAUUCAAUUAUGGAGCCGAAAGUGAUUGGCUUUACAGCUUAUACGCUGCCAAAAAAUAGUACCGAGUCAAUAAAUAAGCAGUUCUUCAAGAAAAAUAAGUCGCUGGUGAAUUCGCAAUAUACAAAUAGUCGACAAGUUAGUCACAGAUGUCAAUUGGAACAAGGUGGUUAUUUGCUUGUACCAACAACUUUUGAACCAACUCAGGAAACAAGUUUUACACUGCGAGUUUACAGUAGUAAACCCUUAAAAUUAAAAUUACUGGACACUCCGCCUUCUUUGAUGAAGUCAGCGAUUAUCAAAGCUCCUAUUCUUGAAGGCAAAGGAUUUUCCCAAUAUGAAGCUGUAUUUCUUCAACUCGCGGACGAACACAAAACAGUUAAUGCUUUCGAACUUCAAGAACUUUUAGAUGCUUGUUUACCAAAUGAUUACAUUAAAAGUUGCGCUUGUAUGGAAGUUUGUCGACAAGUAGUCUUGACAAUGGAUAGUACGAGUAGUGGUAGAUUGAAAUUUAGCGACUUUAAGGAUUUAAUGUGCAGUUUGAAGUAUUGGCAAACGGCGUUUAAAAAUCACACGAAAGAAAAAACUGGUAUAUUAAAGGCAGAAAGGCUUCGUGAUGCACUACUCGAAGUUGGUUUCCAAUUAAACACAGAUGUACUGUCGAUUCUUAUCCUUCGAUAUAUGAGGAAGGACGGAACUCUAAGAUUCGGCGAUUUCGUUUCAGCAAUUUUACACUUGAGCGAUGCUUUUGGUAUAUUUGAAAGCAAAGAUCCAUUGCAAAAUGGAAGUAUCAAACUUAGUUUGGCAGAGUGGCUGCGAUCGUCCAUUAUGUGCUGAGAUUGUCAACGUGAUUUUUGUAUUUGUUUAGAAUAUUUUGUAUAUAUUGUUUUACUGCAUCAUUUUUUUACUGUUAAGAUUAAGCCAUAUUAAAGUUAAUUUUUAUUCACAUUGUUCAUUGUAAAAUAAUUUCAUCGCUUAUAAAAUCAUAAACAUUUUUUUUUUUAAUGAAUCAAAGAUGUAUACAAUUAAUGAAUGUAUAAACAAAUUAAGCUGAUUAAUAAAAUUAAGUAUUGUUUUUAUA